GUAUCAGAGUGGACAGUGAACGCACCACAGUGAACAGUGAACGCAUCACGGACAGUGAACGGUUAAGCUGUGUAAUAGGAUGAAUUGAGAUUGCGGUGACAGUGAACGCAUCAUUACAACAGACGGCAGCAGAGGAGCAGGAGGAGGAAACUGAUCCUCCGCAGAAACAACACGACAACACUCUUUAUCUCUCGUUCCUCAGUUUUAUUUCCUCCUUAUUUCCUCGGAGGAAACUUCCGGUUCGAGCCGAGCGGAGCAGGAAACUGUCUCUGGAGCAGGAGGCGACUUCUCCUGGUUUAAUGGCCGAGGAGGAGCGACGUUUGUCCGCGGAGAGAAGUGGGAACAUGUCGCUGUGUGUGGAGGAUUAAACGAAGGAGGGAUAUUUUUUUAUUUAAAAAAAGAACCGAAGCUACUCAGCUGCACGUGAGAGGAAGAGGAGGAAGAGGAGAGAAGUGUUCAGUCUGUUCUCCUGCUCGGAGUGAACCAGGCCCGCGGAGACAAAGGCUGUCUUCUGCUUGGACGUCUGUCCGUCUCUGUUUUUGUCUCUGAUAAGUCGUUUCUGUAGCCGCCAUCAUUCCGUGCUGUAAGGCAGACAUGUCUUCCAACGGAGACCUCAGCGACCUGGGGAGCUCUGACAGCUUCUGGGAGCCGGGGAACUACAAGAGGACGGUGAAGAGAAUCGACGACGGCCACCGGCUGUGUAACGAGCUGGUCAGCUGCUUCCAGGAGCGAGCGAAGAUCGAGAAGAGUUACGCUCUGCAGCUGAGCGACUGGGCCAAGAGGUGGAGGGGCGUCGUGGAGAAAGGGCCUCAGUAUGGCACCCUGGAGAAGGCGUGGCACGCCUUCAUGCAGGCGGCCGAUCGGCUCAGCGAGCUGCACCUGGACCUGCGGCAGCGGCUGGCGAGCGAGGACAGCGAGAAGGUCCGCGAGUGGCAGAAGGACGCCUUCCACAAGCAGAUGAUCGGAGGCUUCAGGGAAACCAAGGACGCAGACGACGGCUUCCGCAAAGCCCAGAAGCCCUGGGUCCGCAAACUGAAAGAGGUGGAGGCCAGUAAGAAGAGCUACCAUCAGGCCAGGAAGGAGGAGUGGACGGCGUCGACCAGGGAAACGCACGCCAAGGCCGACCCGACCAAGUCUCAGGAGGAAGUCCGCAAAUACACAACCCGGGUGGAGCGCUGCAACCAGGAGGCCGAGAAAGUGAAGGAGCGCUAUGAGAAGGCCCUGGAGGAGCUGAACCGCUGUAACCCUCGAUACAUGGAGGACAUGGAGCAGGUGUUCGACCUCACCCAGGAGGCCGAGCGCAGGAGGCUGCGUUUCUUUAAAGACGUCCUGCUGGACACCCACACUCACCUGGACCUGUCCUCCAGAGAGGGGUUCAAAGCUCUGUACCAGGACCUGGGUCAAAGCAUCCGAGGGGCCAACGACACCGAGGACCUCAGGUGGUGGAGGAACACACACGGACCCGGCAUGAGCAUGAACUGGCCUCAGUUUGAGGAGUGGUCUCCGGAGGCGAGUCGCUCCAUCAGCAGGAAGGAGCGAGGAGGACACUCCGAGGAGAACGUGGUCACUCUCACCAACAUCGUCUCUUCAGGCCGAGACGACGUCCCACCGAGUCCCAUCACAACGGACACCAGCAGGACGAAAGAGUAUUCAUCUGACUGGUCGGACGAGGAGAUUCCCAAGAAGGCGCUGGCAGUGAACGGCGUGGGGGGGGAGGAGGAGGACGAGGAGGAGGAGGAGGAGCAGGUAGAGGGGGUGCGAGUCCGAGCGCUCUAUGAUUACGUUGGCCAGGAGGCCGAUGAGCUCAGCUUUAAAGCAGGCGAGGAGCUGCUGAAGCUGAGUGAGGAGGACGAGCAGGGCUGGUGUAGAGGACAGCUGAGCGGCGGCCGGGUCGGCCUCUACCCCGCCAACUACGUCCAGGCCGCCGCGUCCUGAUGGCCCGCCCCCUCCCGCCUAUCAGCCAAUGGUACAACUACAAUCAAGAUGCCAGGACCAAUGGGAAGCUGUUAGUGCUGACACGUAGACACGCCCCCUCUGCGGUUACUGACUGUAAAACACUUACUUUCUGUUAUUUGAGCUUUUGAAGAUCGGAUGGAUUCUCGACAUCGUUUGAAAGAAGAGUUUUUUGGGUCAAAGAGAAAUUUCUGGAAACAAGGAACCGGACGACGGAUUGAGAGAAACGUGGAUUUCAUUGAUAUCUGACGGGUUCUGGUUUCUCGAUGCCAUCGUUUAUUAAUCGGUCAGAAAAAACAUAUUUAACAAAGUCAAAAGAAACGGCUUCAGGAAAUCAAAUUCUUCACUUUCUUCUUGAAUCACAACUCGUUCUAGUCUAAAGACUUUGAGCCUCAUUUUUUACAAAGGGAUUCGAACCUGACACCAGCUUCUUAAAAUCUUAGAAUAAAUUCCACAUUAAUUCUGGUUUAUUUAUUCUGAUCAAAAACUGAAAGAUAAAUAUUAAACUUGAUUUGAAAGCCAGAACCAGGCUAAUGGUUUCCAGUACAGACUGAAAAUAAAGAUGGACGACGUGUCUCCACUUCCUCCUGCUCUCCAGACGUGAAGCGGAAACAAGCAGGAUAUUGUCACAUGACAUUAAGAUUAACACAGAAUCGACCAAUCACGAGUCAGUCCCAGUCGUUGGUUCAGGACGUCUCAGCCUGUUUUAUACAUCUAUGGAUCCCCGGAAGGCUCAUGGCCAGAAUCCCUUUUGAGGAUUUCUUUUUUGUUACCUCGCGGUAGUUUCCCGUUCCCAUCAUGCAACACUUCAUUAGAGGUGAAACAAGCGUCUGUGUCCCGGCUGUCGUCCUGACAUCAGAUUCUAAAUGAUCACUGGACUUCACGCUAUAUAUUUCUGUAUAUAACCACGUCUACUGAUCAGUAGUACUUUUCAAUACACUGAUCUGUACUGCAGGUUGGAACUGAGGGUGUCCACACCUGACCCAGUAAGUAAGACAAAAGUUCUGAAGUAUGAUUCAGGUUUGGGUCGUGUCAUAUUGUCUGAACUGACGCAAAAAAGAACUCCUCAGAAAAAUUCAGAAACAUCUCAGAAAAAUGUCUUUGUCCCAUCUGCUAACAUGGAGGAGGCUUGGUUUACGACCAGCCACCAGGGGGCGAUCGAGACAUUCUGGCUUUGCUUUUGGGGAGCCGCCAUGUCGUCCAUCUUUAUUUACAGUCAAUGGUUUAAUGCCAACUUUGGUAUUUUCCACGUUAAUCGACUCGUCAAGAAAAAAUGAUAUAAACUUAGUUAAAGUUAAAAACAAACAAACAUUUUCCGUAGAUUUUCAAAUCUGUCUUUAAAGUUUCGUGGAUCCAGGAUCUACACUUAUGAACUUCCUCGCCUCCUCUUCAUCGUCUCCUCUUCCUCUUCUCUUCUUCCUCGGCCGGUAUGUGGCGGCUGCCGCUCGAACCGACAAAGAAAAGACUCAGUGCCUCAGUCGACGAGACUAAGAAAUGUGCGGCGCCACCUGCUGUCCGACCGAGGAAUUACAGCCGUCCGCUGGUCACUUCCAGUCUGAUCCCAGUAGAAACCAGUUGAUCUCCUGUUUCCUGGUCGUUGUGCUGGCAGCACCUGAUCCUUUCUCCGUUAUAACAGUUUGCUUUGGUUAUUUUAUAGAUAUAUUAUUCUGGUGUUACACUGAAUUCACUUUCUUUCCUCUUUUGUUUUGAUCACUUCUUUUCGUCGUAGCUGUUUAAUCUCAAAUCAAAGGAUUUCAGCUCUGAUGGUGAUUUUUACAGUCGACUUAAUGACUUUCUAAUUUCUUCUUCCUUUUUAAUUUAGCCUCCGGUGGGGGGGGGGGUCGGUGGUUGUUGUAUUUUCCGUGCUGGGAUCGUGAAGCACAAACUCGGACGUCUGAAACAAGUGAAAAUGUUGUCUGUUUUUGCAUGUUCCUGUUUGUGUGUGUCUUUGUGGUUGUGUGUGGGAGCGCCCCCUGUCCGCUGAUCUGAGUCCUGCUAAGUUAACCCAUGUAUACAUCUGAAUAACAAGAGAUAUAAUAGAGAAUUUAAUGCUGCUGCUCCUUUUGAUGCUUCUUUUUCUUUCCAGAAUCUUGUACAGUUUAUAAAGUGGGAAGCAACAAUAAAGAGUUUUCUGCACCUGG